GUCAUGCCUUCUUUACCAGUGAUGUUAUUUCUCAUACUUCUGCUGCUGCCAUCCAUGCUCAUGGAAGAAAGUUCUGAUGCAGACUCAAAAAAAAAACCAAACCCUCCCCCCACCAUAUCGAGUGAUCACAAGACAAACAAGGGUGACUUGGACAUGAUAGUCUCCCAAGGAGAACCAAACAUCCAUGAGGAUUUUGAGAUGAUGAUCAUCUCUGCCUUUGAUCAAGAACAAACGUUGCUUGUGGAUCAGGCCAAUUGUUGUCAACACAACUUAAAUCUGUCUGAAUUACUGACUGCCCUGAGCAAAUGUGGUGAUUAG